AUGACAACAGCAGGACCCUCAUCAUUCUCCAGACAUUCUCCUCAUCCUCAUCCAGCCCCAUCACCAUACCAUCAACAUCAAUAUCGACAUCAUCCUUACGCCCCACCAGCACCUCCUGCCAAUGGUGUCACGAAGAACAACAAUACCCCUUCAUCUUCCACUUCACGACACUAUGCUCGAUCAUCCCCUAAUGGCGGUGAAUUACCACCUUCCCCGCCUAGAUCAAGGAGAGAUGCAAGUGAGACUCCCAGUAUAGGUUUGGGCGUGGCUUUUGGUGGGUCGGCAGGUGGGAAAUGGUGGGAUGAAGAAUUGCCACCACCACCAGCAUCUUUAUCCAGUAUACUCGACUCGUUCCGAAAAUCAGGUGAAGGUGAUAGAGAGUUACUGUUAUCCAUACUCGGAGCGAAGAAAGCAGAGGAAGAGCGACUUACUGCCCUGAUUCAAACUCGACUUACUGUCCUCCAAGCUCGUCUAUCCCUGCAUUCGGCUGCUGCGGCUCUGCCACCUCAAAUGACUGUCCCUCCCCCUAACGGAUCUCCCUUACCACCCCCACCUUCUCAACUCGAACUCGACGGGUCUGGUCCCGUACCUCCCCAUGUGGAACGUACACCUUCUCUCACAUCUUCGAGAGGUGCAGGAUCCACUUCAAGUGGUAUGCCAAGUCCGCCACUCCCCCAGCAGACAGGGUAUGUUCAACCUCCCCCACCAGCUGUAGGCCUCGGUGAGAAAGAGCCCUCGCAAACAGCUGGAGGAAGAGGAUACUGGCAAUUACCUUCUUUGCAAUCUUCCCUUCGAGCCCCUUCCUCCAACCAUAUAGCAUCUAGAUCACCCAAUUCACUUUCACCUGGGGGAUUACCACUUGCUCCCAUAAGGGAAGUACGAAUUGAUAAUUCCGAUAGAUCAAGGAGGAAUGGCGGUUCGUUGUCGCCUAAAUCUACGGGUAGCGAGGGCAAGAGAUCGUCUUCGGGUUUGGAAAUGUUAUUAGACGCUGGGAGAGUCGUCAAUGAGAGUGCUGAGAGGGAUCAGUAG